AUGGCCGUCUUUACAUCCAACAAGUCAGCGGAAGGAGCACAUGCCGGAAAGAAAGCACAAGCAUGUCCUCCCGUUGAGGAAGCCUCCCAAAGGCCAAGUGACCAUAAGACACAUAACAGAACACACACGGAAGAGAAACGGCAUGAAUGUCUCAUCUGUGGGAAAGUCUUCAAAAGGCCAAGUGUCCUAAAGACACAUAGCCUACUGCACACUGGAGAGAAACCCUAUGAAUGUCGCACCUGUGGGAAAGCAUUCACUAGCCCAUCUUCUCGUGCCGCACAUGAGAGAAUACACACUGGAGAGAAACCCUAUGAAUGUCGCACUUGUGGGAAAGCCUUCAGUGGGCCAUCUCAACAAACUGUGCAUGAGAGAAUACACACUGGAGAGAAACCCUAUGAAUGUCACACCUGUGGGAAGGCCUUCCGUCACUCAUUUCAACGUGCCGCACACGAGAGAACACACACUGGAGAGAAACCCUAUGAGUGUCGCACUUGUGGGAAAGCCUUCCGUCAGUCAUCUCAACGUGCCUCACAUGAGAGAACACACACUGGAGAGAAACCCUAUGAAUGUCACACCUGUGGGAAAGCCUUCAGUCUCUCAUCUGAUCGUGCAAGACAUGAGAGAAUACACACUGGAGAGAAACCCUAUGAAUGUCGCACCUGUGGGAAAGCAUUCACUAUUCCAAGUUACUGUGCCACACAUGAGAGAACACACACUGGAGAGAAACCCUAUGAGUGUCGCACCUGUGGGAAAGCAUUCACUAGCCCAUCUUCUCGUGCCGCACAUGAGAGAAUACACACUGGAGAGAAACCCUAUGAAUGUCGCACUUGUGGGAAAGCCUUCAGUAGGCCAUCUCAACAAACUGUGCAUGAGAGAAUACACACUGGAGAGAAACCCUAUGAAUGUCACACCUGUGGGAAGGCCUUCCGUCGGUCAUUUCACCGUGCCGCACACGAGAGAACACACACUGGAGAGAAACCCUAUGAGUGUCGCACUUGUGGGAAAGCCUUCCGUCAGUCAUCUCAACGUGCCUCACAUGAGAGAACACACACUGGAGAGAAACCCUAUGAAUGUCACACCUGUGGGAAAGCCUUCAGUCUCUCAUCUGAUCGUGCAAGACAUGAGAGAAUACACACUGGAGAGAAACCCUAUGAAUGUCGCACCUGUGGGAAAGCAUUCACUAUUCCAAGUUACUGUGCCACACAUGAGAGAACACACACUGGAGAGAAACCCUAUGAGUGUCGCACCUGUGGGAAAGCAUUCACUAGCCCAUCUUCUCGUGCCGCACAUGAGAGAAUACACACUGGAGAGAAACCCUAUGAAUGUCGCACUUGUGGGAAAGCCUUCAGUAGGCCAUCUCAACAAACUGUGCAUGAGAGAAUACACACUGGAGAGAAACCCUAUGAAUGUCGCACCUGUGGGAAAGCCUUCCGUCGGUCAUUUCACCGUGCCGCACAUGAGAGAACACACACUGGAGAGAAACUGUAUGAAUGUCGCACCUGUGGGAAAGCCUUCACUACGUCAUAUUCCUGUGCUAUACAUGAGAGGAUACACACUGGAGAGAAACCGUAUGAAUGUCGCACCUGUGGGAAAGCCUUCACUACAUCAUCUUACUGUGCUAUACAUGAGAGGGUACACACUGGAGAGAAGCCCUGA